UUUGCAACGUCUGGCAGCCCUGGUCGGACGAUAGUAGGCGCUGCUGUGGAAAUCUGGCCUUUGAGUCCAAUCUGAAUAUUUUGAAGCAGUUUCAUUUGAUAUAGAACAGAGGACAAAAGCAGUAAAAUUCUAAUGGAUUUUGGACGCGACAACAAUCAGGACUUUUUCGAGAAACUGCACAGCACUGAUGGCCCACGUAAUUUACGUCAGAUCUUUGAGGACGAUGACAAACCGUUGCUAAACGAGUCCAGCAAUCUGCGCUAUCAGCCACAGUCGUCCACAAAGCAGCAGGAGCAGCAGAAUGAACAACAGCAGCAGGAUGAACAGCAACAACAACAAUCGCCAACACCGCAGCUACAAGAAAAGCUCAAAGGAAUGAUGAUUGCCUCGAUUUCGCGGAACAAGCGUGAUGUAAUGGCAGUUGAAAGCUGGAGCACGGUGGUGGCCAAAGUGGCGCACGGAUUCAAUGGCAGCGAAAAUGUUGGACGCGUGGGCGUUGCGCUCUCACGGAAUGGUGCCGGAGCUGCCAAGCUGGUCGUGUACAAGAGUCGGACACAGCUGUUGAGUACCCUGCUGCUGACCAAGUCGGCACAAUCCUCGUCGCCGCGUAUCGGGUCAGCCAAUGUGAUACUACGUGAAUCAUAUAUGCAGUUCUACGACGAUGAACAGCAUUUCUGGAGCCUGCGGUUUGAGGUUGCCAAGGAUGAGGAGGAGUUCACCGCUGCCUUAAUGAAGCUUGGCCUGCCCAUCGAGGAGCUGCGCAUCAAUGAGGUUGACAAAUCAAGCAAUGACCCGCUAUCCACAUCGAAUACAUUGCCGCAGGCGCAGUUGGCACCGGCGCUGAGGCAAAAGAUCUCCGAAACGUCAGGGUCACUUGCUAAUCCAGAGGCAUUGCCCAGAACCUUCGACAGCGAAAGUGAAUCACCACACUCCACAGAAGACAGCGUUACCACACACCGGGCACGCUCGUUUAAGUAUUCUCAGAAGACAUUGCCAGCGAAGAGCACCAAAGUGUCGCUGCCGAAGAAGCUAGAUCCGAAUAAGUCUUCCGCGACGCCCUCUAGCAAACUGGAGCUGUAUCUUGAUGAGCAACGGGCCACUGGCCAUGCCAUGGACAAGAAAAUGGACACCAUAUUGCAGGCCAUGUGCCGGCUGACAAGCAACAGCAAUUUGCCAUUGAAAGAGAGCAGCGGCGAUUCGAUGGUCGUCUCGAUUGAGCAUAAGGAUUCGAGGAAACUGGAUAGUAUUCUGCAGGCGAUGAGCCGGGUGGCCAACAACAGUGGGAUGCAACAGUUAGGCGAGAGUCUGGACACAACUCGCGGCAACACAGACAAUGAGGAUGAGCUGCUUGAGCUGGAGCAGAAGCUGCUCGAUUUCAAAAAGGAGAAUCGUUCGCUUAUGAAGAGCCUGCGGGCGAAAGAGCAGGCGCUCGCCGAUCUGCGCGCCUCCACUUGUGCCCUCUGCGAGGAGCUGCUGGCCCAGAACAGUGAGCUCAAACAGCAGAAUACAGCGCUCAUUGCGGCUAUGACCAAUCAGAGCAGCUCCACCUCUCUCACAGCCAUUGUUCCCGUUGGCAAUUCGGCAUUCACUGUCGGCGACUGCGAGAAUUGCGAAAAGUACUUGACAAAGAUAUCGGGGCUGGAGCGUCGCCUCUCCACACUGCAGAGUGCUCUGCUCAAUUAUACGGCCAGUGGCCAAACGACGCCAGCAGCAGCAGCAACAACAACAGCAACGACAACAAGCCUAUCGACAGCACAGGCACCGCCCCAGGCUGCUCCACCGCCACUCUAGAGAUUAGGGCAUUUCAUCUUGACCAAAAUGUUCUACAUUGUAUUAUAUUUACUGUAUUACUGGCGCGCGUGCGUGCGUGUGUUCCUGGUGUGAGUGUGUGUGUAUGGGUGAAUGCGUAUGUGUAUGUGCACGCACGUUAAUUUAAGUGUUGUCUACAUAAUAUGUUAAA